AUGAAUCAAGAGAAAUCCACGUCUUGUUGCUGUGUUCUUGAUGCUUCCACUUAUGUGGGUUUCUGGAUUCUCAAGAAACUGCUCACUAGAGGCUACUCUGUUCGUGCAGCCAUCCGCAAAAACGGGGAGAGUAUGCUUGAGGAGAAUAUCCGGAACAUGCAAGCUACGGAGGAGAGAUUAGUGGUUUACGAUGUGGAUGUGUUGGAUUACCAGAGCAUCCUUGUUUCUCUGAGCAACUGUAAUGCUGUGUUCUGUUGCUUGGACAAUCCUGAAGGGUACGAUGAGAAGGAAGUUGAUUUAGAGGUGAGAGGAGCGAUUAAUGUGGUGGAAGCAUGUGCAAGAACAGAGAGUAUAGACAAGAUUGUCUUCUCUUCUUCACUAACUGCUGCAAUUUGGAGAGAUAACAUUGGCACUCAAAAAGAUGUUGAUGAGAAGUCUUGGAGUGAUCUAGACUUUUGUCUCAAGAAAAAGCUAUGGCAUGCUCUGGCCAAGACACAAUCUGAGAAGGCUGCUUGGGCAUUAGCCAUGGACCGUAUGGUCAACAUGGUCUCAGUUAACCCAGGGCUCAUCGUUGGACCCUCAGUGACUCAACACAACCCUAGACCCACCAUGUCUUUCCUCAAAGGCGCUGCGCAGAUGUAUGAGAACGGUGUGUUAGCCUACGUAGACGUGGAGUUUGUAGCUGACGUCCACAUUCGAGUUUUUGAGGAUAGUUCUGCUUGUGGUAGAUAUUUUUGCUUCAACCAAAUUGUGAAUACCGAAGAAGAAGCUCUCAAGCUUGUGGAUAUUCUAUCUCCUUUAAUUCCUAUGCCACCAAGGUAUGAGAAAGAGAUGCAAGGAAGUGAAGUUUAUGAAGAGAGGUUGAGAAACAGUAAACUCAACAAGCUGGUGGAAGCUGGCUCUGCUUGUUAA